CUAGGUUUGAGCCCUGCCGGCCCCUGUAGCGGAGAGGUGUCCUGCUGUCCUGGCUUCCUACUCGGCGCUCCCACGCCCACCAACUUGGGCUUUUUCCUUCUACGUCAGCCGCAGGGCCCUGGAGAUGGCAGCUCAGAAGAUAAAUGAGGGGCUGGAGCACAUCGCCAAAGCUGAGAAAUACCUGAAAACUGGUUUAUUAAAAUGGAAGCCAGAUUAUGACAGUGCUGCUUCUGAAUAUGGAAAAGCAGCUCUUGCUUUUAAGAAUGCCAAACAGUUUGACCAAGCAAAAGAUGCCUGCCUGAGAGAAGCUGUGGCCCAUGAGAAUAACAGGGCUCUUUUCCAUGCUGCCAAAGCUUAUGAGCAAGCUGGCAUGAUGUUGAAGGAGAUGCAGCAACUCCCACAGGCUGUCCAGCUGAUUGAAAAAGCCAGCAUGAUGUAUCUGGAAAAUGGCACCCCCGACACAGCAGCCAUGGCCUUGGAGCGAGCUGGAAAGCUUAUAGAAAAUGUAAAUCCAGAAAAGGCUGUACAGUUAUACCAGCAGACAGCUAAUGUGUUUGAAAAUGAGGAACGUUUACGACAGGCAGUUGAAUUACUAGGAAAAGCCUCCAGACUGCUAGUACGAGGACGCAGGUUUGAUGAGGCGGCACUUUCUAUUCAGAAAGAAAAAAAUAUUUAUAAGGAAAUUGAGAAUUACCCAACUUGUUAUAAGAAAACAAUUGCUCAAGUCUUAGUUCACCUUCACAGAAAUGACUACGUGGCUGCGGAAAGAUGUGUCAGGGAGAGCUACAGCAUUCCAGGGUUCAAUGGGAGUGAAGACUGUGCCGCCCUGGAACAGCUGCUGGAGGGCUAUGACCAGCAAGACCAAGACCAGGUGUCAGAGGUCUGCAACUCGCCCCUCUUCAAGUACAUGGACAAUGAUUACGCUAAGCUGGGCCUGACUUUGGUGGUCCCAGGAGGAGGAAUCAAGAAGAAAGCCGCAGCAACACCAGAGGCCAAGCCUGAAGGCACCACUGCCCCCGCUGCCGAGGAGGAAGAUGAAUAUGCGGGAGGGCUAUGCUAGGCUUCACUGAAGGGAACGUCCUCAUACGCCUUCAUGGACUUGGAACUUGUCUAAGGGUACCCACAUUUCAUUGCAGUCAUGGCUUUGAAUGCUAAUAAAGGUGAAUUUUGUUUACCACUUCCUCAAAUCACCCAUUGUACCUGCUACAUGUGAAGCACUUUUUUCUUUCUAAAUACACGGAAGCAAUUAACAGGAGAAAGUAGUGUCACAUUUUAAUAGUUGAUUUUAAAGUUUGCAAGCCAAAUUCUAAGACAAAUUAUGUUCUAAGCAAAACGAAAGAGCCAAUAGGCAUAGAGAUAUUCUUUUUCUUGUAAUUUAUUGUUAGAGACUUUCCUUUGCAUUUUUUUAAACAAUUGCUGCUAAAAUUGAAGUUUACUAGUUAAACAAAAUAAUAUUUUAAACAUUUGUUUUGUUAUAUUUUGCAAAGGAAAUUUAUCCCUCGUAAUAUUAGCUACAUUUAAAUUAUUAAGAUGAGAGAUUGGAACAGGAAGCUAUUUUGAUCUUUACAAUAUUAUUUAGUCCAAUAAAGGAUGCAUUUAAAAUCUUCUUUGUAAAUUCGAAAGUUCCUAAAGUAGCAUAUGAAAGUAAUUCUGUAAAUGUCUUCAAUUCUCUGUGAAAUAUGGAUAUUUGUCCCAUCAAAAAAUCACAUAGUGACUGUCUCCAAACCCACUUGAUUCUUGACUAAAUGAGAACUAACCUAGACCUUUUUAUGGAUUCUAACAAAGAAAUAAUGUUUCUAUCAACUUAUAUAUAUACAUAUAUAUAUAUUUUUCCCCUCCAAAAUAAUUUGAUUCACUUAGGGUUAUAACAGGACGGUAACAUGACGUGGGAAAUGUUGUAUACCACAAACAUUUAUCUGAAAUGGGAGAAUCGUUUUGAAGUACUUAUAUUUAAAGUACUGUGCUGCCAAUGUUUCGAUCCUUUAUAGAUGUUUCCUGAAAGGUUAUUUUGAAGCAUUCCUCUUUCAGCCUGUGUGGCUUAGAUCCAUCUCCCAACCUGUUAAUUUGAAAGGGGCUCCAAACACCAGCAGUGUGCAUUCUGCAGGCAGAUGCUACCCAGAGUGGUUUCCUCUUCAUUCACGCCCUGUCUCUCUGCAUAGAGUCCUAGCUGUUGCAGGUGCAGUCUGCUUAGUUUUGCUGGACUUCCGAAAACACUAAUGUAGAUUAUCAAGAGUGGUUUUAGUCACGGUUGGUUCUGUGGGAGCGCUUACACAGUAUAACCUCCUGAUUUGUGUGCUUGUGGUGGGUGGAUGUUUGCAUAGAAAUCUUUAUUGAAGGUCUGAUUCAAAACACUAAUAAGUUGGAUGUUUUGUUUCCUUAAGUUGCUUGCAUAGUUUAGCAGGUAUCAGCUAAUUUUCAGUAAUUGUUUGGAGAUUAACUUUGAGCAACCUCAGUAAAACUAUAUUUAGGCAGUUGAAUUUAAUGAUAAUAUUUCAAAUAUCCUAUCAUUGCUGUUAUACCCUUUAGAUCCAAUGAGAAGCUUCCAGAAUCUUAUAUUGAUGCUCAUUUGAGGUAAUUAGCAAUCUGUUUAAACAGACCGGGAAGUGUUUAAAAGAUAUUUUACACCAUUUGUUUAUAGACCAUAUUAUCCAUUACAGCCUUGGAAACUUUUGUUUACUUUUACUCUUUUCUUACAUAUUAAGUAAAAUGAGGAGCAAUUCAGUGCAUUCUGUAGCAGCAAUGCAAGUGAGUCUUAAAUAACAUAAAAGGUUUAUAUAAGCACAACCUCUCACCACCCUCCCUGCCCACAUUUAAGAACUAAGAACCAUAAGGACUUGUGUAUUUCAGGGUUAUUCUAUAUGGUGUCCAGUAAAAAAGCAUUGCUUCCACAUUUAUGCAUUUAGCUUUUCCACCUAUGUAAGUCUUUAUUUUCAGAGGAUAGAGUGGAAAACUUGUGUUUACAAAAGGAAAAAUAGUUUUCUAGAACUCGUGUCAUUACUUUUACCAAAGUGGAAGUCUGCAUGAACAUGCUCAGAAUCUAAUAUUCAAUGUUCUGUUAUAGUGUAAGUGCAGCCAGCCUGCAAAAUAUAUUUAAUAUAUUGAAUUUAUUUGUAUAUAUGCAGAGUAUUUGUGCUUUAUUCCUAUUUUUUUCCAGCUCUUUGAUGAGUAGGAUAUUAAAUGUGUUGUUAUGGAAAUGCAGAUUAUUGCUUCAAUGAUAAGAUAAUUAUGAAAAUAAAAUCUGGAACUAUAUAAAUAUGA